AUGUCUUACCGUGGUCCAAAUCAAUUCAAUGGCCAGUUUCGUGGGCCAAUGGAUGGUCGGUCGACACAAAAUAUUGGACCUAUCAAAAGCUCUAAGACUUUUCUUGAUAAGUUUGAAGAUAUCUCGAAGAACACAGAAUCAUUAAUUGAUGACUACUGUGCUCCCCUUAAGCCGUAUGUGCCUGCGAUUGGCCGUUUGUUUCUUGUCGCUACAUUUUACGAGGACUCACUUCGGAUAUUUACCCAAUGGUCUGAACAAGUGUACUAUCUCCAUAAUUAUAGGAAAAUUUGGCGGUGGUUAACAGUUUUAUUUUUGUUUACAAAUGUUGUGGUUAUGCUAAUAGCAUCAACAUUACUUGUUUUAAGAAAGAAAUCUGCUGCUGCUACCUCCACUUUGGUAUCAGUUGUUAUUUUUCAAGGUAUAUUUUAUGGUUUAGUCUUUGAUGGUCAAUUUAUUCUUAGAAACUUAUCAGUGGUAGGUGGACUCAUACUUGCAUUUUCCGACACCUUGGUUAGAGAUAAAAGAUUAUUGACCAUGCCAGGUUUGCCGAUGAUAAAUAACCAAGACAAUAAGAAGUACUUUUUGCUAGCAGGAAGACUCUUGUUGGUAUUUUUAUUUUUAGGCUUUGUUUUUUCAGCAUCUUGGUCUUUCACGAGGAUCUUGGUUAUUAUUUUUGGUUUCGUGUCUUGUGGCUCUAUUGUUGUGGGAUAUAAGACUAAAUUUGCCGCAUUUGUUUUGACAUUACUUUUGUUUGUCUAUAAUGUUCUUAUAAACCAAUUCUGGAAAUAUGGGAUUCAUGAUUCGGACCGUGAUUUCUUGAAGUAUGAAUUUUUCCAGACGUUGUCUAUUGUGGGUGGUUUGCUAUUAAUAGUCAAUGCAGGUGCUGGAGAAUUCUCCCUAGACGAAAAGAAAAAAAUAUACUAA